AUGGGGAGUGAGGGGCGGGGUCAGAACGACAGCAGGCGGAGGGAAACCGGAAGUGGCGGCCACGUGGGGAGCGGCGGAGCCAUGGGACGGGGACCGGGAAUGGGACCGGGACCGGGAAUGGGCCGGGGAAAGGGACCGGGACAGAAACCGGGACAGGGACAGAGACAACGGCAGGGACAGGGAUCGGGACAGGGACCGGUACCGGGGCGGGGACCGCCCGCCCUGCGCCGCGGCAGGAGACCGAAGCUGGACAACAUGAAGCCCAAGCACCCCGAGGAGCAGGAGAUUCCCUUCCGCCUGCGGGAGCUCAUCAAGAGCCGUGAGGCCAUGAAGCGUCCCGGCCCCGGGAAGAAGGAGGUGGCAGAGAAGAAGCAGCAGCCCAAGUCCCGGGGCCCCAAGGCGCAGGGGGACAUCCCCGUGCCCAAGUUCAGGAGGGGGAAGGGGGAGUCGGAGCGCUCCUACGUCUACCGCAUGGAGCAGGAGGUGCAGCGAGUCCUGUUCCUCACCAAGAACCAGCUGCAGAGGGAGCCUGAGAAGGAGGAGGUGGCACCAGAGAAGUCCAAGAGAAAAAGAGAGUUUCAGAAUAAGAAGCUGGAGAAAGCUCGGAGGAAGAAGGAGGAGAAGAAAGAGGACAUGCUGGAGAAGAGCCUGCUCCAAGACACGGUGGCGUUUGGUGAAGUGGUGACACAGCCCCCCACCAUCACCUCACGGCCACGGGGCCAGGGUCCUGCUGAGCAGGCUGGACGGAAGCAGCUCCUCCUGACAUCUCACCUGGGACACAGCCCGGUGUCCCCAGUGUCCCCAGCAGCACCCAUGUCCAUGGCUCGCCAGCGCAUCGUGGAGGAGGAGAGAGCCCGUGUCAUCCAGGCCUACAGGGACAUCCAGAGGCACAAACAGCAGCAGCGGGAGCUGGCACGGGACAGGGGCCGGGCUGGACGAAGGGUCCCCCGCUGAGCCCUGGGCUGCCCUGGUGCCAGUGAAGGGUGCAGGGAGUGUGGGGACCCAGGACUCGAGGGGGAUGCUUGGCCUCACCCUACUUCUGUGUUGCUGAGCUUGGGGCACCCCAUGGCCUCGGUGCCAGAGCUGGGACCCCCACAGUGCCACAAACCAUGGGGCUGGCACCAGAGCCAGGGCCCCUGUGAAGCCACAGACUGAGACCCCCGUGGAGCCAUGGACUGAGACCCCUGUGGUGUCACAGACUGAGACCCCCAUGGAGCUAUGGACUGAGCUAGCCCCUCGUGGUGUCAUGGACCUGCUUGGAGUAAAAGUGGCUCUGAG